GUGAAUAUGUCCGAUGCAGGCAACCAGGUAAACGGAACCGUUGGGGACAAAGUGGAAUACGAAACGUGUCAUGUGUCAGUCGCUUUGUGGUCGCUUUUUAUGAAAGUUUACAGCAUAGAACAAGGCUUAUUACAGUUUAACAGUUUAAACCCGCAAAAACAUGUCUGAAUUUUGUACCCCGCAAAAGCACAACCAGCAGCUGUUAAGCAAUCUUCGAAUCCCUCCAUCACCGUGCAUGAAAAAAAUCGGAUAUGGCACUGGAGUAGCAGUGUACGAAUUACAACGUUCCCCGGCGUUUAACCAGUUCAGAUCCCCUUGGGCAAUUAAGAAACUGAUUAAGCGAAAGAACGAAAACGGUCCAAUCCAAACUAGGUUAAAAAACGAGGCGGAAGUGCUACGAAAACUGGUCCAUCCCAACAUUGUGGGGUUUAGAGCCUUUUUGCAGGGUGCCGAUGGAAAGAGCUUACUAGCUAUGGAAGAAUGCAACAGUUGCUUGGGCGAUUUAAUCGAAGAUCGCAACGACAAUGAGGCAGGCCCAUUCGGUGCGAAACUCAUCAGCAAAGUCGCCUCUGAUGUGGCCCAUGCAUUGGCUUACCUACACAACACAGUUCUUUUACUUCAUUGCGACCUAAAGUCCUAUAAUGUACUGAUACAAGGCCAGUUCCAAACAUGCAAGUUGUGCGAUUUUGGCGUUUGUCUGCCACUGACCAAAGAUGGGGAAUUGGAUAAGGAAAGUGCUCCUUGUGCAGAAUAUGAAGGCACCAAGGCUUGGUCUGCCCCAGAAAUACUUGACUAUCCGCAAGUUAUAACUACGAAAGCUGACAUUUACAGUUACGGGUUGAUUAUAUGGGAAAUGAUCGCUCUCUGCCCUCCAAUUUCUGCAGACCUAGCCACUGACAUAUCCAGUUACUCAAAUUUAGACCCUGAUACAUUAGCAGAUUUACUGGAUGAAAUGAGGGCGCGAGAGAGACCCGCCAUUCCCAGCAAUGUAAAUUUAGGAACUGACUACAGUUUUCUGCUGGAGAUUUAUUACUGCAGUACCCAUGAAAAUAGAAAUGAGCGACCCAGCGCAAGUGACCUGAUUUCACUAUUUCAAAAUACAGAUGUUGCUGGCAAGCAGUGAGCGAAAAAGUAAAAAAUGCAAGUCUUAACAAUUAAAAGAAUUCUAUUUGCUGUUC